AUGAUCACAGAUAGCGACCUGGGAUUCAUUGCCAACUUCCUGGGCAUAUUCAUAUUCGCCCUUGUAAUUGCUUACCAUUAUGUGUUGGCAGACCCCAAGUACGAAGGAAACUAAACCACCAUUAAGACAUGAAAUGUAGGUGUGGAGAUGUUUGUUAUAAGAGUCAAGGGAUUAUGAAUGUAUAUGACAUUAAGAAGGUUCAAUAUCAAUUAUGACAAUGAAAUUUUGAUAAUUCUGUUUUCA